CCGAACGCAGAACCUCAGUGUGUGUCAAGUCGAGGUGUGUGUUUAGUGCUGUGUCUCGCACCGUGUUCGCCUCCACUUCUAACAUGAGCAAAUGCGACAAAAUUUUAGUUAAUGACAACACCUAAGUGAGUGAACAGAAUCAUUAUGACUGGUGAAGCAAAUAAGCCCAAACCCAAACAUCAUUCAGUGCACUGGUUUAGAAAGGGACUCCGCCUUCAUGAUAACCCAGCACUGCGCGCUGGCCUUAAAAAUGCAGUGACUUUCAGGUGCAUAUUCAUUUUAGAUCCAUGGUUUGCCGGCUCCUCCAACGUGGGUAUUAACAAAUGGAGGUUCCUGCUGCAAAGUCUGGAGGACCUGGACACUUCCCUCAGAAAACUCAACUCCCGUCUUUUCGUCAUCCGUGGUCAACCUGCUCAUGUUUUGCCUGAGCUCUUCAGAGAGUGGGGUACAACAUGCCUGACCUUCGAGAAAGAUCCAGAGCCCUUUGGCAAGGUCCGUGACGCCAACAUUGUGGCCAUCGCUCGAGAGAUGGGGAUCAACGUCAUUGUCAAGACCUCCCAUACACUCUACAAGCCUGAGAAAAUAAUUGAUAAAAAUGGUGGGAAACCGCCUCUAACGUACAAAUCCUUCCAAAAUAUCCUAAUGUCCAUGGACCUGCCGCCACUGCCUCUGAGCACAAUAACUCUAGACGACCUGGAGAACAAGUACACGCCUCUCAACGAUGACCACGACGAGAAGUACGGCGUCCCAAGCCUGGAGGAGCUGGGUUUUGACACAGAGUCGCUGCAACAGACUGGGUGGAAGGGCGGUGAGAAUGAAGCCCUGACUAGGCUGGAGCAUCACUUGGAGAGGAAGGCAUGGGUGGCGUCUUUUGGCCGGCCAAAGAUGACCCCACAAUCCCUGUACCCCUCCCGCACGGGCCUCUCUCCCUACCUCAGAUUUGGCUGCCUUUCCUGCAGAAGAUUUUUUAAGGAACUCAAUGAUCUCUAUAAGAAAAUAAGAAAGUCUCCCCCGCCACUCUCGCUCCACGGACAGCUCCUGUGGCGGGAAUUCUACUACACGGCUGCAACCAACAACCCAAAGUUUGACCACAUGGAGGGAAACCCAAUAUGUGUGCAGAUACCCUGGGACAAGAACCCUGAAGCCCUCGCUAAGUGGGCCAAUGGCCAGACAGGUUAUCCAUGGGUGGACGCUAUCAUGACGCAGCUUCGGAAUGAGGGAUGGAUCCACAAUGUCGCGCGGCAUGCUGUGGCUUGCUUCCUUACACGAGGGGACUUGUGGGUGUCCUGGGAGGAAGGCAUGAAGGUGUUUGAUGAGUUGCUCCUGGAUGCCGACUGGUCUGUCAAUGCCGGCUCAUGGAUGUGGCUCUCCUGCUCCUCCUUCUUCCAGCAAUUUUUCCACUGCUACUGUCCUGUGCGGUAUGGGAGGAAGGCUGAUCCAAAUGGAGAUUAUAUCAGAACAUACCUGCCUGUGCUCAAAAACUUCCCAACCAAAUACAUCCAUGAGCCCUGGACGGCGCCCGAGUCAGUGCAGCGUGCAAGCAAGUGUGUGAUAGGGCGUGACUACCCAAUGCCCAUGGUGGACCACAUCAAGCAGAGCCAGAACAACAUUGAGAGGAUGAAGCAGGUGUACCAACAGCUGGCCCACUACAGAGGCAAAAUCAACCCAGCCAUCAAAUCACCCACCAUGGACCACUACCCAUCUCCACCGCCUGACUUUGAGAAGAAGCGCAACAAGACGGGCAAGAGUGACAUCCAGCGAGACUCCAACUACCGUGUCCAGGUCCAGGCCUGACUCAAACUGGCCUCGGAUGACCAUGAGUGCUAGAACUGACUUCACUCAUGUGAACUAUCACACUGAACUCCCAGGAGAAUGCAUAGCUGGUCACAGGCCACAGGCUACUGGCUACUGGCUACUGGGUUUGGGCCGCAGGCUACAGGCUACGGGCCACAGGCCACAGGCUUCAGGCUACCAGCUAAGGAGUAGAGGGUACGGGCCAUGGGCCACAGGCCACAUGUCACACUCCUCAGGCUGUAUGCUGGAUGAUACUUUGGUAAAGGUUUGGCUUCAAAGGAAGUGCAGUUUUCAAAUGCUAACACAUAAUCCAUGAAGCAUUGAAGGCAUGAUGAUUAGACUUUUUUUAACAAAACAACAGUUAUUUUUCUAAUAUAUUUAUAAAGCUUUGUAGACUGGGCCAUGAGAAAACUGUAUAAAGAAGUUGUAACAAGAAAGUCAGACAGCUUUUUUUUUAGAAAAUAUGAAAGACUUUUGUAUAAACUAAGAUCAUUAUAUCAAAAAAAUUGAGCUCCUUUAGGAAAAUAAGCAAAUGAUAAUUCUUUCAUGCAGUUCAGUCCAGAAUCUGCAUAGUUGACUAUCAUUAGUUGUAUAGUUAUUUAGUUUUGUCAAUAUGUUGGAUAAUUACUGUGGUGAAGAGGCACCACUGCAACGAACUACUCAGUCAUGAAAUGGCAGAUGAUUAAAGAGUUACUGUCUUUUUGCUUUAAUUUUUAUGAAUUACAAAAUAAUUAGUCUUCAAUUAUAAUACUUCAGGUGGAAAUUGAUAUUUUCUUUUACCAUUAUAAAGAAAAGUUGCUCUCCUGGAAAGAAGGGAAUGUUUGUGUGUGUCACUCUGGGCACUGUGCUCAGAAGCAGUUGAGCAACAAGCCAGAGCUCUGCAAAACAGCUCUUCUAUUCAGACUUUCCCAGGCCAAAAAAAAAGCAAGAACAAUUGCACAAAUUGGUGAAUUGGCUCAUCAGCCUGUUAAAUAUUUUGUAUGAGUGAUUAAGAUGUUGGAGUUAUGCUGAAAAUGUCCUUUAAAACUACAUUGUAAGGAACAUUUUGGUAUUGAAAUGGUCAUUUGUAAAAUACUGUAUGUUUUUUUCUAUUGUAAUAUCUUUGGAUAUCAGAAUAGUAAUUAAAGUGUUACUAUUAAUGUAAACAGUACCUUUGUACAAAGCUGCUAUCAUUAUUUACUUCAUGUUCCAGUGUACCUAUUUAUGAAUUUAAAAAUAGGCUUACAGUGUGCAUUCAGUGUUUAGAGGCAUAUUUAAUUUGUCUUUAAGUUUGCAUUGAUUUCAAACAUACAGAUACACUUGCACACUACAUAUACUUCCUGACCUAUGAGUCCUGGACACAUGUGUAUAUAUGAACUAAUUUAAUCUCAUCUACUCAGAUGCCCAUUCCUUGGAAUUCCUUCAAGUAUGUGGCUAGGACACAAUUAAGAGUCUCCAUUUAUUCCUGUCCUUACACUCCACUCCUGCACACUCCUUCAAUCUUUCAUAUCUCUCUCUCUCUCUCUCUCUCUCUCUCUCUCUCUCUCUCUCUCUCUCUCUCUCUCUCUCUCUCUCUCUCUCUCUCUCUCUCUCUCUCUCUCUCUCUCUCUCUCUCUCUCUCUCUCUCUCUCUCUCUCUCUCUCAAAUUCACUGUGGAUUCAACUAACAGACCCACAGCAUCCACUCAUCUUUUAUAGAUCCUCUGAGUCUUCUCAUUGUCUCCCUUUCUCCACAUUAUGACCAAAUAAUCUGAAGAUUUUGCUGGUUCAUUUGGUCUCAAUUCUUUGUUAUUUUUUAUCAGACUUGUUAAGCAUACACUUCUUUGCUUUUAUUUAUUUCCCUUGAAUUACAAUCAUCUUUCUCAACAUCUCAUCUCUGCUGCCUGAAUUUCUCAUUGUCGACUUUUAUUCCUCGUCUAAGUCUCGCUCACAUACCAGUGUUGUUACUACCAUUAUCACUCGAUAUUUUCUUUACUUCCACACUCACUGCCCAUCAUGCACCCACCACCAGACAUCCUACCAUGUUCUUUCUUUCUUCACUCUAAAAAAUUUAAUUUAAUGCAGAUUGACUUAUGUUGUUUAAGCUUGUCUACCUCUUCUAAUACUUGUCUACAUUCUGCCUACAUUCUCUAUGGACAUAUGAACUUCAUUAUGGAUGCUUUAAGGAGACAGCUUCUUGCUUUGUCCAUAAAGUAAUGAGUAUGAAUGUAUUGUAUAUGGCAUUUCUCAGCAAUACACCACUGUUACUUUACUUUAUGUCUUAUGCAGUAUGAGUGCAGUAUACUACUUUGCUGCCUUGCAAUCAGGCAUGAAUGAAAAUGUAUGAAUCUAACUGCAACUUGUAUAUAUAUCCUCUAAUUUUGUCACCUUUCAUUAAAGGUGUUCUUCUUUACUGAGGUGGUAGGAUGCAUAUCUGUAAAUAAGCAUUGCUAAUGUAAUAUUUUAAUCUUGGACAACACUGAAAUUUUGUUCCAUUUCUGCUGCAGAAGCUUGAUUGGUCAUGCCUUGAAUGACUGCAUUUUAUAAGUCCUGCUGCUUCUGCUUCUGCUGCACACCACACUGAUGUCAUUCAUCAUUAGAGCAGCAGAUAAAAUCCAACCGUGAUUUUCUUUGCAUCAGGAGCUAAGGGUGUUAUUAUUGUCUUUGUGAGACCAUCAGUUAACAAUUCAUCAUUAUUUUGUCUUUAGGUUUGGGUGUUGAAAGUACUACUUAGGGAAAGGUACUCAGAUGUGAAUGAAUGCAUAUUAAUUUCUUACUUGUAGUGUACUAUUGUAUACCAUGAAAAGCCUGCAAUAUAUGUGACUGAUGUGUGACAUGUAAUAAAACACUUAGUUUUGUUAUAUUGAUAAGAAUAUACUUAAAAGAUUAA